AUGGCCGUCUCUAUUGUUGCAGGCGCUAGCGGCCUUCUCCAACUAGGCUUGUCAAUCUCUGAUGUAGCCUUGUUGUACGAUCAAGGCAAGAAACUCGGCAAUUUCGUUCGUGCCGGACACAAUGACGACGACCUCUUUGAUGUUCUUGAUGAAGAUCGAGAAGCGGUGCUCAAAAGGCGUGGACUUGCGAAUGCACCUGAGAUGGAGAAGAGAUGGCCAAUGAUGGACUUUGUUCACCAAGGCGUGAAGAUAAAGGGCAAGAUCGUGCAAAGCUCGCGAGCCGAAUCGUCUGUGCGCGACGCCAAACAUCGAAAAAAGAAGGCGAGCGCUCGCGACGAUGUUGACAGCUUCACGUGGGUCAUGGUUGCAAUAACUUCCGCGUUGGAUGAAUGCCUGCCAUCAAGUGAGAUCCAGGAGCUACUCAUUGACGUCUUCGUCGAAAUAUUGGACCGCGACGAUGACAUUACACCUGCACUGAGAGUAACUAUCAGAAAGAACAUAGAGUCUUGGAGGUCGUUCGGAUGUGCUAGGGAGAUAGCUUUCGCGAUCAAACAGGAGAUGCGCAAGACUUUGUCGAAUGACUCAGCCAGUCAGCUCUCAGCAGGUGCCAUCCCUCAGCUGAACGAAGCAGAGAUGGAAGACACGCAAAAAAUGCUUCUGUGGCUCCUCAGCGGGGACCUUGCAGUCUUCGAUGCGAUGUCCCCGAUUACUUUUUCAAUGGCCGAAGCUUUCAAGAAGGCCAACCUCGACCUCUGCACGGAUGGUAAUCCAACCCACGAGGGACAAGCAUGCGUCGCAUAUCGCCAAGAAGGACAACCCUUUGGAAUGCCCGGCUUUAGCACGAAGUCGGUUCCAAGGGGGCUAAAUUCCAGACCUCUCCAGAUCUCGUGGCCUCGCGACAGACCUGAAUCGAUGAUUGACGCACUUGGAGUCGGUCGGACGUUGGAAGACAUGAUGAGUGGUUCCUGGCAGCGCGGAAAAUCUGCCGCUGGUGCUAUGACAUUAGUCGGAGCAGCGAAUGGACCAUAUGGACCCACUGAAGAGGUCUAUUACACGCUUCAGGUAUCUGAUAGUGCACACGUCAGUAAAAGAUAUGGCCCGCACAUCGGUAUGCUAGCCGACCAAGGUCUUCCCGCAGAUACCGAGUACAUAUACAGUGCUUUGGAGUGGGUCCUGCAAGGAGAGACGCCAGAGAACUCGCAAUGGCUCCACAGCCACGUUGCACAAGAGUACCUGCUUCGAGUCGACAGCGUAGAGGUGACAUCGGAUGAGCUACACAAGCCUGUAUACUUCAGGUAUCAGGCGUUCGUGUUUGGUUUCUACUAUGAGCUUCUGACGCAGCUUAUUUCUUUUCGACUGGUCGAAGCCAAGGCCUUCUUUCACGGGAUAUGGGGCGCGAACAGCACGACCUUUCUAGCUAUGUGCACUCAGCUAGGUCGAUGUUGGCGGAGAGACGGUAGAGUCAGUCGAGCACAUAUGCUAUACGUGCUCUCAGCAAUGUACAACGGCCGCCGCAAGAUCUUUGACACAACCUCCAAGCUUCCCCGCCUUGUCGGAGUUCUUGGACCCAUCUCAGUGCUGGCACUGCCCCUUGUCCGCACUACAGACGACCCAAAGGAGAUAUCGAGGAUUGCCAUAGUCGACCUUCCCAUUGUCGACCUCAAUGCCGAGAGUGCUGAUGGUGACCUGAUGGCAAGUGAAGGCGGAGGGAUACGUUGGGCACCCCCUGGUGAGAACAAUAAUCCUACCACUAUCACCCAUCCGCCUGAGCCAAAUGUUAAAUGGACCGUGCACCCCUACAUGAGCAUGGCAUUAGGUGGAGACGGUAUCAGCGGCGUUGUCAUGGCAGCUCGGUGUGGCAAAAGACUUGUUGGGUGGUUCAAUCCACUGGCUGCCGACAUUGCUUUUCUCAGUUCAGCCUACGUGAAAGAGUCUCACAGCGAAGGGGAUUUUGUUGCAUUCGAGGUUAAAGACGAAGAUUGGGAGGCUGGUAAGGCUAUAAAGCCAAGGCCGAGUCAGCCCGGUUUAGCACUUGGCGUCGUGCGCUCUCAUAACUCUCCUAGUCAACGAUACGCCGCUGCAGGUUUCUAUGCCGAGCAUGGCGAAGAGAUAGCGAUUGCUCGGUCUGCUGCUGAAUUCCGUGGAGCCUUCGACAUGAUUGACGGACAAGAUCAAGGUAUUGUUAUUGCGUGA